AUGGCCAGGCGUUCUCUCGGAGCUUCUUUGCUCUCACUGCUCGCUGUGGGCAAUAGUCUUUUUUUUCAGACUUCUGUCGCUGCCAGCUGGCCCUACGGACCCCUCGUCACCGAAGGACGGGACAUCAAGAACACCGAGGGCGAGGAUGUUGUCUAUGCCGGAGUCAACUGGCCUGGUGCGGCAGACGUCAUGAUCCCUGAAGGUCUUCAAUACCAAUCAGUCGAAUACAUCGUCUCCCAGAUCAAGAGUCUCGGCAUGAACUCGAUCCGCCUCACCUACGCCAUUGAGAUGAUUGAUCAAAUCUACGAAAACGACGGCGAAGAUGUUCCAAUCCAAACUGCCUUCAUCGAAGCUCUUGGUGAGACCAACGGCACCAAAGUCUACAACCAGGUCCUCGCCGCCAACCCUUCCUUCGGCGCCAACAUAACCAGACUAGAAGUCUUUGAUGCCGUCGCCGCGGAGUGCGCUGCUCAAGAGAUUCUGAUCAAUUUGGACAACCACAUGUCCUUGGGGGCUUGGUGCUGCAACACUGAGGAUGGGAACUCGUGGUUUGGCGACACCUACUUUUCCGUCGCCAACUGGACCCGAGGACUCGGAUACAUGGCCGAGCACGGCAAGUCCUGGCCGGCUCUGGUGUCCAUGUCCCUGCGCAACGAACUUCGAGAGCCUGACAACAACGCCACGCUCGCGGCAGCGUCGUACAAUUGGCAGGAUUGGUACAAAUACAUAAAGCAGGGAGCCGGCGCCGUCAACGCGGCCAACAGCGACGUCCUCAUCCUACUCUCCGGACUCAGCUUCGAUACCUUUGUUACCCCCGUGGUCCGGGGCACUGCUCUGACCCCCAGCACCAGCACCUUCCAGCUUUCCGACUUCGCCGGGUACGAGGACAAACUCGUGUUAGAACUUCACACCUACGCCUCCACGACCAACUGCACAAGUCUCGAGAUCAGUCUCUACAAUAGCGGGUUCCAGGCAAUGCACCCAGAAGACCCGCAAACCGUCAACGUCUUCCCAAUCGCGUUGACUGAGUUCGGCUUCAUUCAGGAUGCGACCCAAUGGAAGGACAACGUGUAUGCCACCUGCGUCGCCAGUUACCUGGCCCAGGAGAAGGCAAGUUGGAUGCAGUGGGUUAUUGCCGGUAGCUACUACAUCAGGACCGGUGUUCAGGAUUCCGAGGAGACCUGGGGACUGCUCACUCACGACUGGUCCACCUGGAGGAGCCCGGAGUACGUCGAGGGGGGUUUGGUCCCUUUGAUCAACAAAACUGCCUCACCUUAA